AUGAGGGGUUUUAACGCAGCCAAACACACUUUGUGGAACCAAUACCUUCCUAUUGUAGGGCAUUUCGUCACUAACCUUAAAUACUACGAAAAUCAAAGGAGAAUUCAUGAGAAAAGAAGUUGGGAGCCCUCUACCUCAGCACCUCCACUUAGAGGAACCUAUCAUGUGGGAGUAAGCUCGGGAACUAAGGUUGUAGAUGUGAAUUUUGAGAACCCUAGAGUUAAAACUGAUCCACAAACGACAUCUAGAGCUGUAAAAAGAGCAAGAUAUCAGACUUUUGGGAAUGAGUUCAUACCCGAGAACCACCAGAUAGAGUCAAACCUUAGAACUGUUACCUACAUUUUCAAUGAUGAAGAGAAUAAUAGGACAUUCAUCGCAGUGGUUGGAGAAGAUCAUGUUGCACCUAUUCUUGACUUAGAAAAUGAGGAAGAGGAAGAUCCUAAUGAAAAUGAGCCUGAUGAAGAGGAUCCGAUUGAGGAAAAUGACCACGAAGAAGAAAAAGAGUCCAUAGAAGAAGAAGAAGAAGAAGAACCCAUAGAAGAGGAAGAAACCAUGGAGGAAGAUGAACCUAUAGAGGAUGAGGAGCCUUUUGAGGACGAAGCCGACAUGAAAGAAGGAAUAGAAAAUCCUUACUCAAAUGACAAAACUCACCAUCAUAGUCCCUAG